AUGGAUAUUGACGAAGUCUUUGCAGCUGCAGCCAAAGAGAUUGAGAACAGUGUGUUAUACCCUGGACUCUCAAAUACAGAAGAAUUAAAAGCAUGUGUCCUAGAUUUGUUGCCUCUUCAACAACGAGAUAUCAAGUCCCUAGCAGUACAAGGGACCCUCAGUAAAUUCAAGUCUACCUUUUACUGUGCUCUUCCUGAAGAUAAGGAAAACGAGCGCAAAGGCGAGCCUUUCCAGGUUUAUUUUGAGUUUUCCCAAAUUACAACAAAACGUGCUUCAAUGACUCUAAAGCGGGAAAGAAAAGAUUUUAUAGCUGUAAUAUAUUAAGGUUCAUAUUAGCAUAAUUUAUGCAUAUUCCAUAAUGCUGUAUGGGAAUAAAAGAAGUGUGUUGUAACUCGACCACGUUGUUUGUUUUGCUUAUAUUCUUAUACUAAAACAAGUCUCAGUAUACUACAAUAGCCAUUUUUAUAUAUCGUUUAAUCUACUAAUUCUCAUUACUUUAGCAUUAAUUUCCCGUCAAUUUGGCCAUAAGCAUAUAUCAAGCUCUCCCCUUUUGAAACUGAGAAUUCCCUCCUAUAAACCUAGUGUUAUCACACUUUUUUCGAUCAUAACGCGUGUUGAAAUUAUUUUAUUUACGUUUCAACGAGCGUUUUAAAUUAAAGCUUCAAGACGGCAAAUUCUCGUGUUUCCAUUCGGUUACUCAUAGAAACAAGUUUCCCAACCAAUCAACACUCGCGUACCAUAAUUAAGUAUCACGUUAUGAAUGGUAAUAUUAAACUAAUUUGGAAGGUUGUGAUGUACUUUAAAUUGAAGUGCUUCUUCGGUAACGGAAGCUGUUAAGGAUUUUCAAAUAUUGUGAGAGCAGAAAGUUAAUCCGGCCGGCUUAUCUCAAAAGGGCAAUGGCCAAUGCAUGGCAUUAAACGAGGAAGUGGUCCAGGGCCGUAGCAACCGGGGGGGAGGGGUUGGGGGCGACUGCAGCCCCCUCCUAAUAAUUUGCUAAUAAUCAUUCUUUUUUCAAAAUCAUGCAAACCUUUAUUAUUUACUCCAUGACAAACUACAAAGAAUGAAGAUAUUACCCAUACAUUCCUGCAACUUAUCCAAUAUAUAGACUAGAAAAUACAUGCGUGCAGAAACCCUCGCCUUGCUGACAAAAACCAUUGUAUUUUCCAAACACGAAGUAUCUAAAGUAGUUGCCAUGGUAACACGAUAAUUUUUUAAGAAUAUUCGGUAAUCGUUCUUACAAAUGAAAAAUCGCUUAAAAAUAUCACUUUUAAUUACAAAAUUAUCAAUUUCCCAACAUAUACAUAUAUAUAUAUAUAUAUGUUAGGUAUGAUAUUAUACGUAAUAUGAGCUUCAAUUUAAGGUAACAUUCAACCACAUGCAAGCGCUUCGCAAAACGUUUUAAAGUGUUCUUUAUAAAACUAAACUGCCUUUAAUGAAAAUAUGGCUUUAUCGAUAAACUUUGAGUUUGCAAUAAAAUUAUUUCAAAUUCUAGCAUGCAAAUAACUUUGCUUUCUUUUUUAUUUAAAAAAAUUCAAUAUAAUAAAAAAGGGAAUCAAUAUUAAAGAUACACUGAAUUGGGGAUCAAUAUUAAAGAUACAGGGAAUCAAUAUUAAAGAUACACCGAUAUGCUGUCUUGUUUAGUUGUAUCAUAUACGCAAAGGCCGUCGGGUUUUAAAGCAAUUAUAAAAUCAAUAUUUAAAGCAAACUUACCUUCGUUAACGUCGGCUCCCUUCUUUUAGCAGAUUCUUUCGCCAUUUCUUUCUUGAAAUUUACAAAAUCUUGCAAAAAUGCGAGCAAAAACGAAAUAUAUUUGCAAGAAAUUCAUCAAUCACCAAAUAAAGAAAUGUUUUCAAUUUCGCUGUCGUCAUGCAGUCGUUAUAAUGAAAACUUUAAAUUGGACCAAUCACAGUGUUUGCUAUUCAUGACAGUCCGCCAUAUUUUUGAGAUCAGUGAGGAUGACAACCCACGGUUGGUGACCCACGCCCGCGAUAUUUGAUGAACUUUAGACUUCGUUAAUGCUUUCGUUUCCUCGGGUGUAAAUAGCCGGGGGGAAUUAGUACCCUCGCACGGCGCUUCGCGCCGUCGGCUCGGGGAUAAUAGACAGAUUUAGAUCGAGGACGUCGACGUGAAGAGGACGCGGGAUGGCGUCAUAUGCCGCGAAAAUGUGGCGUUGUCAUCGAUGGCGACGUCGUCUUAGCACUUUUCAGGACGUCAAAAUCAAUUUUUCACGUCGUGUUUAGGACGUCAGUUUUUUCUUGAUUUUUUAAAGACGAAAAAGGUAUGUACAUGAUAAAACUUGCAUCAGUGAUGUUGGUAAUCUAUUAUUUUUCUCUAUUUUCGAAAUAAUAUGAACGUAUGAUGUUUAAUAUGCGCAUAAUUAACAUAGUAAGACGAACCAAAUUUGUUUCCGGCUUUAUGGAAUAUGGCUGAUCGUGUCUCAAAACAAACACAACAAGAAACAACAUAUUGUGUAGUUUGAUGCCGAUAAGAACGACAUUACUUAUCUAACUUUUAAACUUGCAUUUUAUUAUUUGAUAUAUUGUUUUAUGGGCAAUCGUUUUAUAGUUGAUAUUCAAUCGAUUUUAUUUACUUUUUAUUUUGUAAUUUGUAUUGCUGUAUUUAUAAAGUACAAUAUUGAAAGUAUAUACUGUAGUAAUAAAAUAGUGCAAUGUUUUUUGUUAUCUUUUUAGGGGCAGCGAUGUCUGUCUUACAACUGGAAGAGAACAAGAAAUCUCCGAAGAAAAGGUAAACAAAUCAAACUAACUUCAACAAUGGUAGAGUAUUAAACACCUGUCAUGACUUCACUUGGUGUGUAGAACUAGUAUGGUGUGUUGGGUUUAUAAUCCAAGUGAGUACAUUCGCAAUUUAAGACCUGACCAGGAACGAUUGCAGAAAAUGCAACACUAGGUUCUCUGGUAUUAAAAAAUCGAAUCCAUAGCCUUGUGAUUCCAGAAAAAUUGAUAUUGUUUGUUUACAUUUAUAUUCACUGUUUCUAGCAUGGUAUGGUCAAAGGCAAAAGAUCUAAUCCUACUGAAAGAAAUUGCAGCAGAAGGUGUUAUGUCAAAUAAACCCCGGUCCAGAGAGCGUGGUAUGCAGUGGCAAAGAAUUGCCGAUAACAUCACUGCACUAGGGCAAGGAGUCACAUCACGGGCAGUCAGAGAUCACUACAAUGUGAUGGCAAAAAAGUAUAGGGCAAGAAUGGCACAAGAAGAAAGAUCAACGGGUGAAGGUGGUGCUGAACUGACAGAGGCUGAAAGUUUGUUGGAGGAAUUGAUCCAUAUUGAAAGGGAGAUGGAAAGACAGGUUGAAAAUGAAAAUGAAGAAAACCAACAAAGGAUUGAACAAGAGCGAGGUCAGGCACUGGAGAUGAGAGAACGGGCAAUGGAGACACUUGGACAAACUAGGAAGAGGACAAGACAGAACGGUGAAGGUAGUGGAAAAGAACAAAAGAGGAGAAGGUCAGGAGACAUGAUGAAAUGGUUGCAAGAAAGGGUAGAGUUGGAGAAAGAAGAAAAAAAGGCAAAACGGGAAGAAGAAAGAGAAUACCAUGAAGUUCAGAGAGUCCAGCAAGAAGAGAUGACGCAAGCCAUGCACCAGACACAACAACAGUUUGCGAUGCAGAUGAAGCUGUCUGACCAGUUCGUGCAGCAACAAUUGCAGCAACAACAACAACAACAUCAACAGCAUCAACAAGAAUUUAACUUUCUACAGCAGCAAAUGAUUGCUAUCAUGCAACAACAGCACAGCAAACAAAUGUGUUGGUAA